GACUUUGAACAGAACAGAGGUGUGGUCGAUGAAUGGUGUAAUUUGGCACCUGAAUCUGAACUGGUGAGGUUGGAGUGUAUCGAUGAACUGGAUGCCAGACAGUGUGAAAAUGUCCAAGAGGAUGUACCGGAUUACAGCAGACAAGCAAAUGCUGCUACAGAGGCCAGAGUCAUGAGAGAGCCCCCUACAAUCGAUCCCACACG